AUGGACAAACACAACGCAAUGAGCAUGGAUCUCGAUUUUCUUGAACUGUCGCAAAAUUUUGAAUGGGACAAUUCUGUCGAUGAUCAAACUCUCUCACAGAUAGGCCAGUUGAUAGACGAAGUAAACGUGUUUGAUGGUAUUGGGGAUUUAUCUCUUACUCAAACGGAUUUUAAUUUGACCCAGGAGCCGGUUACACCCGAGAAUGUUAUACAGCAGUUGGACCAUUCGGACGAUCGAUUUGGAAAUCGCGACUCGGAAUGUAAAAACUGUCGCGAGAAAGGGUUCUGUGUUGAUGGACAAUGUCUCUGUGAAUCACACGACUACUGUCCAAAGGGAAACCAUUUCUACUGUAUGUACCUGGACGCCACGUGUACAGCAGGAUUUACCGCCAAAUGCAAUAGUUCAAAUCACUGUCAUUGCGCAUAUGUACCUGAUACCUGCAGCGAACAUGACGUCAGUAAGUGCUUUCAUUUGAAAUGCAGAUCUGGAGAGAAAAAGUUUUGCGAAGGACGAACCUGCACUUGUAAACCGCUAGAUUAUUGUCAACAAAAUGAUGCUGACUGUGGUCAUAAGACAUGUGAUGCUUCCCGAGGAGAAGUCAAUGUCUGUGUAAAUCAUACUUGUCAGUGUUUAGCCAUUCCUGAUUUCUGUGGUGGAAGCGACACAUCGACCUGCAAGCAUCUCAGUUGCAACCAGUAUCAAGUAAAAGUCUGCGUCCAUGGGAUGUGCAAGUGUCAACUCAACCCAUCAUGCGACUCCAACCUGGGUCUGAAUGAUACAUGUACAACAGCCAACACGGUGUUAGAAGUGAAGAAUGGAACUACGGACUAUAGAAACUGUGCAGAGGAAAAUCUCUAUCCUUUAUGUGUUGAUGGCAGAUGUCAGUGUAUUUUCUGGAAGACACCCUCACCACCUCCUACGACCACCACACUAGGUUACACAUCGAAUUCUUCUAAUGUGAGCUUUACAACUCCUUCGGUAUUACCAACAACUACAAGUUUAGAAACUUCGGAAACAACUUUUGCGAAUUUUUCAGCUUCUCCAACAGCGGCUGCUGCCUGUAAUUCCAGAGACGACUGCAAUCAGGGAAACACAUUUAUGAUUUUUCCCACGUGGCAGAUGCCUUGUCCUAUUGACCAUAUAGACUGUGCUAGUAGCAAGUGUUUCUGUAGUCCAGAGAGGGUCACCACAACUCCACCACCCACGACACCUACCACUACAGCUGCGCCAAUAUCUUGUCAUCAGUGUGGAGACAGAAAUUCUAAUUUUCCUUGCGAUUUAAGAAAAGUAUAUAUGGGCAGUCCUUCGCCAUGCAGCCACGGAAGUUACUGUAUGACGGAUGUCGUUCAAGGAGCUGACGACAGUGUCGCCAUCUACAAAAGAUGUGUGGACGAGCUGACCUGUAGGAACGAGUGGUUGGCCCAGACUUCUGACCAGGACCGCUGUCUGAAGUAUGCAGAGGGCGCUUUACCAGGACAGUACACGUGUCAUUUCUGCUGCACAGCAGACGGCUGCAACUCGAAAAUAGUCCCCGAGGCUAAAUAUUUCUACAGCACCUCUUCAUCUAAUAUCAAUUGAAAUAUUCUU